AUGGUCAAGAUCGCUACCACCGCCGCCGCUGGUGCCCUCGUCCUCGCCGCCUCCGCUGCUGCCCAGGCCACCGUAAACACUCCCCCCUCGAUCACUCAGUGCCAGCCCGCCGCUCUCCAGUGGGCCAGUGCUACUGGUACCGUCCGUCUCGCUGUCCUCCCCGCUGGCGAGGUUUCGGCUGCCCCCAUCGCCCAACUCCCUGACCAGACUGGCGCUUCCGGCAGCUUCGUCUGGACCGUCAACAUCCCCUCGGGCACCAACAUCACCAUUACUAUCAACGAUGGCUCUGGUGUUGCCAACUACGCUUCUCCCCUUGUUGUCCUCCCCUCUUCGGACAGCUCGUGCUUGAACGCCGCUGCCUCUGGCUCCAGCUCUGCUGCCGCUGGUGGUGCCGUCUCUUCGACCUCUACUUCCUCGCCGUCGGCUGCUUCUGCCACCUCGCGUGCUUCCUCGGCCGCCUCCUCCGUCUCCUCUGCCGCCUCCUCUGCCGUCUCCUCUGCCGCCUCUGCCGCCUCCUCCGCCUCGUCGCGUACCUCCAGCGCCGGCUCUCCCGCUCAGACCAGCGCCGCCCCUAACGCCGCCGCCGCCGCCUUCUCCCCCUCCACCGCUGGUCUCUCGGUCCUCGCCAUCGCCGGUGCCAUCCUUCCCUUCCUUUAA